AGGAAAAUGGUAGAACAGCAAAAUGAAUUCUUAAAACAAUUAGAUUCUCGAAUGAAUAUCAAUGUUAUUGCUUCAAACGCGGCUGAUGCAAUAAAUCCAAAUAUUAUACAAAAUACAAACGUAAUUCCUACAAAACCUUUUAAUAAAUACAGAAAAUUAUUACAGUUUGACAAUGGCUUAGGAGCAGAUAUAGCCGCAUCAAAACAAUUGGAAAUGUUCUUCUAUUUAUUAGGAGGGAAUACUGCCCAAGUCCAAAGUAAAAAUGGAUUAGAGAAACUAUUUACCAAUAAGCUGGGAUCUAAAUGUUCUUGGUUUGGCCGCAAAGGAAAUUAUCAAUUAUGCUCAUUACAUUUAAUGGCAAUUUUAAGAAGUAUGUAA